GACAAGAGAGUGCUUCGUUCCUCUCUUAAACCCUAGGCUACCCUUCCUACGAAAACGAUGGCCUUCUCCGCCGCUUGCCGCCGGGCUUCCUCGGCCGCCGUUUCGGUCUCCCUCCGUGCCCUUGGAACGCGUGAGAUCGUCCGAUCCUCGGCGCUUUCCGAGCCAAUAUCCAUGCGGUCCAUCUUGUCGUGGAGACACGCUGUAGGAUGCCCGAACACCCACUCUCUCGCGCGCUUCUCUUCCCUGGCUUUGAAGAAACCGGCUUCCGAUGCUGGUCUCCUUAAGGUCAUCGAUUUUGAGAUCAAGUGCGCCGAGGAGUCGGACCACCACGACCGGGUGGAGGAAAUACCAGAAGCGUUCCCCUUUCAAAUCCAAGAUGAUAAGGGGAUGAAUGUGAUUACACUAAAGAGAACAUAUCAAAAUGAGAACAUUGAAGUCGUAGUUUCCAUGCCUGCCCUUGUUACUGGAGAGGAGCCAGAGAAUGCUGGAGAAGGAGAUAAUGAUGAUGAGCAUGAGAAACCCAGUCAAUCUAGUCUUCCGCUUGGAGUGGUCAUGUCAAAGAAAGGGGGUCCUAUUUUGGAGUUCAACUGCACUGCCUAUCCAGAUGAAGUUGUGAUAGAUAGCUUGUCUGUUAGAGAGAAAGAACAAGCUGGGGAAGACUCCCUUGCCUAUGAAGGGCCUGAUUUCAAUGAUCUGGAUGAGAAUCUUCAGAAGGCCUUCCACAAAUAUUUGGAGCUAAGAGGCGUCUCUGCCCUCAACACCAACUUCUUACAUGAGUAUAUGAUUAACAAAGACAGCCGGGAGUACUUGUUGUGGCUGAGAAAUCUGAAGAAAUUCAUUGAGAAGUGAAAAAGGUGGUUCCAGGCGAAUGGAUGUCCAUUACUAUUGUUUGGCUAUGAUUAGAUCAUGGAAGAGCUAAGACAUCAUGUAGUUUUUACAUUUACAGUUUGGGACUUGAUGAUAGAAUUUUUAGAAAAAGAGCUUGAAAUUGUUCUUUGAUCAUUUUGGUACCAAUCAAGUGAUUGGCUCCAUAUGAAACAUAGCUUUCUACAAGUUUCUAAUGAAUUUAUGUGGGGCAAUUUUGUUAUAGUUCAAA